UUCCAUGCCCCGCCCACCGCUCCGUCGCCAUGGUGACACCAGGCUCUGUGCCCCGCUCCGUCGCCAAGUAGAUACUACGCUUCGCUCUCCGCCCUGUCGCCAUGGAGACAGGCAAAGCGGCCUCCGGCUCAGGCCCCGGGAUGAUCGCACUCCCCCAGCUGAGCCCCGGAACCUCGCAGUGCUGGAUCCCCCAGCCUGGAGGAGGGCCCUCCUCCCGCGCUCCGGUUCCCUGGCCUGUCGCUGAAACCGGAGCCGCCUUCGCUCCGUUGCAGGCCCGAGCCGGACUCGCCCGGGAGGUCAUCAAGUGGCUGCAGAGCCUCGACCUGAAGUUCCCGUUCAAACACGUCAGGAAAGCCUUUUCUAAUGGUUAUCUUGUGGCUGAAAUCUUCUCCUGGUACUAUCCUCAAGAUAUUGACAUUAAAGUCUUCAACAAUGGAGUCUCAUUCCCUUCUAAGCUAAAAAACUGGUCUCAGUUGGAGCAUUUUUUUUUCAAGAAAAAGUUGAACAUUCCCAAGGAACUAAUUUAUGCUACAAUGCAUUCUAAGCCUGGCGGAGCCGAGUAUCUGAUACAACAUAUAUAUACCUUACUGACCAACAGGCAAGCAAAGCUUAUCCUUGAUGAUGAAAUGAACUUUAUGGACUAUAGCUACCAGCUAAAGCUGCCUUUGGUUGCCCGGACAACUGCCACCAGUGCUAUUCGCACCAACCUGACGUUAACUGAGGUGUUGGAAAACCCUGACAUCUUCACAAGCAGUCAGAGGGCUUUGGCUAUUAUUAACAUGCAUGUGCAACACAGACAACUGGCAAGGCUAGAACAUCCAAAGCGCUAUAAGAUGAAGCCCACACUGGGAGAGCGAGCAACCAGACUUCCAAUCCCUCAAUAUCAGUAUGACUGUUUGUAUCCUGACAGCAAAAGAACAGAAAUGGCUGAAUCAAAAACUACCACCUCAGAAAUUCGGAGUAAGAGUAAUGUUCUGUUCAAGGAGAUCAAUGUGAAACAAGUGGUUAGAGACUCACAGUCACUGUCUGCAAAUCGUCAAAAUUGCAACUUUGGACAGUAAAGUGUGUCUGAAAUAGAGUUAAUGAUUGUCGUAGAUGGUUCAGUGAUAAAACUGAACUGUCUUAUUUUAAAAGAUCUAUGUGAAACAUAUUAAUAUGGAAUAGUACUUUGCUCAAUUAAAUUUUUUGAAUAAUUUGACUAAGCCUGACAUGGUAGUGUUCUCUUGAAUUCAGGCAUUAAUAAAGAUGGAUCUUUGCUGUCAUUUUAUAUGAAAUAAAAUUCUUUACAGCCUUUGAU